CUUUCCCCCACUCCUCGUCUCAGUGGGAAUCCCCAACAAUCCCCAAACAACGUGCUCCGAGACGUCUCAAAAUAUUGUGACUUUUUGUCGGCUGUGUUUCCUCCCGAGCCCUGAACCGUGACGCCCCGCUGUCGGACAGCAGCACGCGUACAGAAGCAACUCGGCUCUUCCUCAUUUGUAAUUAAUGAUGGAAGAGCAAGACUUCGAGAGCUUGUCGCUGAGCCAGCCGCUGCAGCUGAGCCAGUCCUCCUUCAUCGAGCUGUGGGACAGCGUAGUCACUCCCUCCAUCUCUACCAUUCCUACGGUGACCGGUGCUGAAACAUGGGGGACGAACGGAAACAUGGAAGCGCUGCUUAUGAAUGACCAGGUGCUGGCGGAGAGAUUUGAUGAGAAUCUGUUCGAGCUGCCUCUAGAAGUGCCCUCCAGAGAUGGCGUCACCCCGCCGGCCCCCACCGUCCCGGUUACAUCCGACUACCCGGGGGAAUACGGCUUCCAGCUUCGCUUUCAGAAGUCGGGCACGGCAAAGUCCGUCACCUCCACUUUUUCGGAGCAGCUCAACAAGCUCUAUUGCCAGCUAGCAAAGACCAGCCCUGUUGAAGUGCUGGUGAGCAAGGAGCUUCCUGCGGACGCCGUCAUCAGAGCCACGGCGGUCUAUAAGAAGACGGAGCACGUGGCCGAAGUGGUCCGCAGAUGUCCCCACCACCAGAAUGAGGACGCUGCUGAACAUCGCAGCCAUCUGAUCAGAGUGGAGGGCAGCCAGAGAGCUCAGUAUUUUGAAGAUCCGCACACAAAGAGGCAGAGUGUGACUGUCCCGUACGAGCCUCCACAGUUGGGCUCCGAGAUGACUACAGUUCUCUUGAGCUUCAUGUGUAACAGUUCGUGCAUGGGGGGCAUGAAUCGAAGACCGAUCCUCACAAUCCUGACCCUCGAGACUCCAGAUGGACUCGUUUUGGGCCGGAGGUGCUUUGAGGUUCGUGUCUGCGCCUGUCCAGGCAGGGACCGAAAGACUGAGGAGGCCAACACCGAUAAAUUGCUGAACGGAACCAAACAAAUCAAAAAACGCAAGAGCGCCCCGACUCCCGACACCACUUCUGCGAAGAAGGCCAAGUCGGCCUCCAGUGCAGAGGAGGAGGACAAGGAGGUGUUUAUUCUACAUGUCCAUGGUCGGGAGAACUACGACAUGUUGAAGAAAAUAAAUGAUGGACUAAAGUUGCUCAACAAAGAGAGCAAAAACAAGACAAAGGUCUCAGUCAAACAGGAGAUCGCGCUGCCUUCCACCGGGAAGAAACUCCUGCAGAGAGGAGAGAGGAGUGACAGUGACUGAGGCUCUUUGCUCUGAUAAUGAAACGAACGACAUGUCUUUGUCCCUCCAAGCAAUCGGGUUUAUUUCAAGUUUUUAUUCGACAUUGAAACCCCUAAAUCACAAUCCUGCCUCAGUAAGCCAGAAAACUUGAUUCAAUAACUGUUCUGCCUGAUCAUUCACUGUACUAUAUCUUUAUGAUAUAUAAAAUAUAUAAAUAUGCAAAUAAAGAUUAUGCAGAGGAGGGCAGUUCAUACUGUAAACAGGUCUGCCUCCUCCUCCUCCUCAACAGGAUAUGAGGGUGGGACUCUGUUAAUUGUGGCAGGGAAACUCAUUUGAAUUUUAAUGAUUACAUUUUUUAAAUUUGUCAUUUCAUUUAUAAUACAUUGUUUGUACUCCAGUUUAUUUUCUUUUCUUUUUUUUUUAAAAUAACAUUUGUAUGUUUUGUCAAAUAGUAAUUAUGAAGUUAAUUAGGGUUUCAAAAAAAAAAAAAGCAUUUGGCCAAAUUUUAUAAUCUUUUUACUAGUGACUGCCGUUCGCUUGAGAAAGUGUUUGUAAAACUUGAAUGGAUGUUUACCUCCAUUAUCAUAGCUGUAUUACUGUACCACAGCCCACGUGAGUUCAAACCUUUUACAUCCAGUCAAACUCUCGUCUGUGUGAGGAAGUUCACUCGGCCCAAAUGUUUCAUUCCAGCUCCGGUUAGUUCAAGCUGAUAUAAAGAUGUAGAGGAAGAAAUAUAAGGCCAGAUUAAAGAACGUACAGGCUCGACUGAAUGUAAUUCUGUCGGUGGGACGCUUUCUUUCUUUUUUUACUCCAUUUUUAUAUAAAUAUAUAUUUCAUCACACAAAGCUGUAAAUAGAUUUUCAACAUUUUUUUUAAUCUCUCUCCAAGGAUCAGUUAUUUUCUCAUCAGGAUCGCCUCCGAUUAAAUGGUGAUGAUUCUGCUCGCAGGGAACAUGUUUUGUCAUGAUUUUUUUUUUUGUGAAAAUGAACAGUAGAUUUGGUAGUUGAAGGGCUGGCUGGAUCACCCCAAAACCUAAUCACCUUUUAGUAUUUGUACCGUCUUGUAUACGGAAGAAAGUGUUGGAGGAAGAGUAAGUGGAAUUAUGACAUGACCAUACAGGAAAUACACAAACAACAAACAAGGAAAACGCCUUUUUAAAAGAGACUCCAGACUUGUUUUGGGUCGGAGGUGACACUGAGAACUACUGCCCGUCUGUCAGGAUGCCCCCGCUGUGAUCUGACUUUACGUUUCCGUUUCUGCCCCCGACCCACAGACCAUGCAACUUGUCGAUUAGCACUUCAGUUUGAUGUGACCAAUCACUGUUGAGGCAAAACCACUUUUUUUACACUGCCAAAAAAAAAAGUAUAUUAAAGGCAUUUCUUUGUUUUACUUCUGUAACUUUAUAGAUUAUUUUGGGAACUUAGUUUUGUAUAAGAGGUUUAUCUUUCUAUUUUUUCAUUGUCAUUUUUUUUCAUGGCUUUUUAUGUUAUAAUUUGCAUUUUGUUUUCCAAAGCUUUGAUACUAAAUAAACUACUUGUAACAUAGAA